AUGUUAAAGUUUCUGACAGCAUGUUUGGGUGCAUUAGGCGCUCUGUAUUUGCUGAUUCGGAUAAAAUUUCCAUGGUUAUAUGGAGAUAUCAAGUUUCUAUCAAUUGCUAUAAAAACUGUCAUUCAAAUUGAAAAAAGCAAGAGGAAAAAAGAAUUACCUAUAGAUUUAUUUGAGAGAACUGCUGAUAAGUUUUGUCACAAGCCGAUGAUAAUCCAUAAAGGAAAGCCUUACAGUUUUACAGAAGUGGACAAAAUGGCAAAUAAAGUGGCAAACGUUGCUUUGGGUCUUGGGUUGAAGCAAGGUGAUACGGUUGCCAUACUGAUAUAUAAUGAACCUGCUUUUGUAUGGACUUGGUUUGGCUUUGAGAAAAUUGGAGUUGAAGUUGCUUUCCUAAAUUUUAACCAAAGAAAGAAGCCACUUCUUCACAGUAUAAUUUCAAGUGAAGCCAAAGCAGUAUUUUUUAACUCAGGUCCCGAACUGUAUGCAGCAAUAGAAGAUAUCGCUGAGGACUUAGAAAACAUUGACUUGUACACUUUUGAUUCAUCAGGUGUCGAAAUUCCUUCGAGAUUUAGACGCUUAGACUUAGAAUUAAAGGCAGCACCAGAAGAUCGGAUACCACGUUCUAUGAGAUCAAAUGUAACAGUGAUGUCUACUAAUUGUUUGAUUUUCACGUCGGGUACAACAGGUUUACCGAAACCUGUGAUUGUGACACAUUUGAAGUGUUUAUUUGCUGGAUUUUUAUUGGCUUACAGAACCAGUACUACUUCAGAUGAUAUCCUAUACACAUGUCUUCCCCUUUACCACUCUGCAGGAUCAAUGUUUGGAGUCGGAUCUAUAAGAAGAUAUGGAAUAACAAUGGUUCUGUCGGAAAGAUUUUCUGCCAGCAGGUUUUUCCAGGAAUGUCGUCAGCAUAAUGUCACCGUAAUUCAGUACAUAGGAGAAAUGUGCCGCUACUUGGUUAAUACACCAAAGAGCGCAAAUGAUACAGAUCAUUUAGUAACGGCUGCCAUUGGAAAUGGUUUGAGGAAAGAUAUAUGGAGUGAAUUCCAAUCCCGGUUUAAGGUAGACAAUAUUAUUGAGAUUUAUGGUGCAACAGAACUUUCAUUUGGAUUUGGUAAUCUCUUCAAUGAAGUUGGAGCUACUGGACGAAUAACACCUCUAUUGAAAAUGUUACUUCCAAUAGCAUUUAUCAAGUUCGACUCUGAUGCUAAUGAGCCUGUCCGUAAUGGUAAAGGAAGAUGUGUUCCAGUUGAUACGGGUGAGCCUGGACUUUUGAUUAUCAGAUUUGAUAAGCGAAUGCCUACUGAGGGAUACAAAAACAAAGAAGAAGAAAAUAAAAGGAGAUUCCUAUAUAAUGUAUUUAAAGAUGGGGAUAAGUACAUCAAUUCUGGCGACUUGCUUUUCAUAGACAAGGAUUAUUAUGUGUACUUUUAUGACAGACUUGGAGACACAUUUAGAUGGAAAGGUGAAAACGUUUCUACUACUGAAGUCGCGAACACUAUUUCUGAGCUACCGUUUGUAGCAGAUAGUUGUGUAUAUGGUGUUACGGUGCCAGGUUGUGAAGGACGCGCUGGGAUGGCAACAAUACAUUUGGUUGAUUCUGACAAAGUCGAACCGACUGAAGACAUGCUAUGUAAAAUAAUGGAACAAUGUAGAACACAACUUGCUGGAUAUGCUAUUCCAAGAUUCUUACGAUUUACUCGCUUUCUAGAUAUAACAUCAACUUUCAAACAAAUGAAGACUACGCUCAAAAGGGAAGGUUUUGACAUCAACUUGACAAUGGAACCAAUUUAUUAUUUUGAUAUUAGACAUAAAAAGUACUCUCAAAUCGAUAAAAACAUAUAUUCAAACAUCAUCGAUAAACAUAUUAAUUUUUAG